AUGAAGUCUGCUGUUGCCUUUUCCGCCCUUCUUGCUGGCGCCGAGGCCGCCGAGACCGUUCUCGGGGCCUACAUCUUCCACCGCCACGGUGACCGCACACCAAAGGCUCUUGCGCCCACCAGCCUGACCCCUCUGGGCUACGACCAGGUGUACCGCUCCGGCCAGUACUACAACUCCCGCUACAUCACUGGCGACGGCAGGAUCAAGGGCAUCAGCGACGAGACGGUCAAGCUGUCACAGCUCUCUGUCAGCUCUCCCGUCGACAAUGUCCUCCAGAACUCGGCCAUGGGGUUCCUCCAGGGCCUUUACCCUCCCGUUCAGACUGUCCAGACUCUCGCCAACGGUUCCGAGGUGACUGCGCCUCUGAGCGGCUAUCAGCUCAUCCCCGUCAACACCAUCGCGACCGGUGCUGGCUCCGAGGAUGCUGGCUGGCUCCAGGACGCCUCGAGCUGCGCCAACGCAAAGACCAGCUCCAACAAUUACUUCAGCAGCGCCGAGUACCAGAACACCCUGAAGUCUACCAACGACUUCUACAACGCGCUGGUCCCUGUCGUCAACCAGACCCUGACUGCCGACCAGGUCUCGUUCAAGAACGCCUACGUCGUCUACGACCUUAUCAACGUUGCCGAGAUUCACAACUCGUCCAUCCCCUCCUCCUCGGUCCUCACCAACGACACGCUUAAGGAGCUCUUCGUCCUCGCCAACCAGCACGAGUACGGCCUCGCCUACAACGCCUCCGACGACAUGCGCGCCGUUGCCGGCAUGCAGCUCGCCGGCGAGAUCCUCUCCUACAUGAACAGCACCAUAACCUCGGGCGGCGCGAAGAAGCUCGGCGUCCAGUUCGGCGCCUACGCCACCGCGCUCUCCUUCUUCGGCCUCGUCGACCUGCCCAAGGUCUCGGACAACUUCACCGGCGUCAUCGACUACGCGUCCUCGCUCGUCUUCGAGCUCGUCACCAACGUCAGCACCGCCGAGGGAUUCCCCGCCCAAGAUGAUCUAAGCGUCCGCUUCCUCUUCCACAACGGCUCGGCCUCCAACGCGUCCCAGCCCACCGCCUACCCCCUCUUCGGCGGCGCCGAGAACCUCGUCUCGUGGUCUGAUUUCUCCACCGCGCUGGAUAAAUUCGCAGUCACCGGCACAGAGCAGUGGUGCACAAAGUGCGGCAACUCGACGGGGACGUGCGCUGCGUACGCCGGCUCGUCCGGCGCGGGCGCUGCGUCGGCGCAGCACAAUGCCCGCACCGGCGUCAGCCCUGCUAUUGGCGGCGUCAUCGGCGCCAUGGUCACUCUUGCUGUUGUUCUUGGCUCGCUCGCGGCGUUCAUGCUGCUCGGCGGGUUCAGGCUGGUUAGUAAGAAGCAUCUCGCUGCCGCUGCCGCUGGUGCUGCGUCGGGCGAGAAGGGCGUGGGUAGGGCGUAG